AAAAGGGGGCGUUGCCAAAGCUAAAAAGUAAAUAAACAACACCAUGCUGCACGCUUUUGCUGUGGGUCUCGCUCAUUUUUCUUCUGGGUUCUAGAUUGUUGAUUGAUCUCAUUUGGAGCCUCUGGUGUAUAACUUCGUCUUUGCGAAUUAAAGCCUCCUUUUUUACUACAUAAAAGACACCACAAAACAAAAUGCGGUACGCUCAGUUGGUUAUGGGACCUGCCGGUUGCGGAAAGUCGUCAUAUUGCGCAAUGAUGCUGAAACACGCACAGACGGUGAAUCACACAAUGGAGGUGAUUAACCUUGACCCUGCCGCAGAAUACUUUGACUACAAACCUAUCAUUGACAUCCGAGACCUCAUCAAGGUUGACGAUGUGAUGGAAGAUGAGGAUCUGCACCUGGGCCCCAAUGGAGGUCUAGUAUUUUGCAUGGAGUACAUGAUCAAAAACACAGAUUGGCUCGAGGAAGCUGUCGGAGGAGGAGCAGAUGAUGACUACCUCCUAUUUGAUUGCCCUGGACAGAUUGAACUUUACACACACAUGACUGUAUUACAAGAAUUGGUAGAGCUGCUUCAGAGAUGGGAUAUUCGGGUUUGCGGAGUUUUUCUCUUAGACUCCCAGUUUAUGGUGGAUGGAGCUAAAUUUUUAUCAGGAACUACCGCAGCCCUCAGUGUGAUGGUCAACCUUCAAAUACCCCACGUCAACCUCCUUACUAAGAUUGAUCUUCUCACCAAAGCAGCCAAAAAAGAAUUGGACAAGUACCUCCUUCCUGACACCGAAGAGUUAAUGGGAACCAUGGAGAACACAAGCAAGUGGGGUCAAAAGUACUGCAAGCUGACUGAGGCGCUUGGAAAUUUAAUAGAGAACUUCAGCCUGGUGCGUUUCAUUCCUCUAGACAGGAGGGACGAAGAAAAUAUUGCAGACGUUCUUCUGAGCAUUGAUAUGGCCAUUCAGUAUGGAGAAGAUUUGGAUGUUAAAACAAAAGACUUUGAGUGCCCUGAUCCAGAGGAUGACGACUAAGAAGAUGAACAUUGUACAAGUAAUUGUAUUUACAAAUAAUAUUUAUUUUCCUUAAA